CUGUUGUGCGGUAACAGGUGUGUAGAGCGUUUGCAUUCGCAGGCUGAACUCUGUGAGGACCAGACCACAAGAUGCCUUCGAGGCGGGUAAAGAACCGAGGAUCCGACCCAGCUCAAGUGCGGCAGAGCCGGGAGAUGAGACACCGGAGACUGGCUCUGUUUAUCCAGCAGUUUGAGAAAGAAGCACAAGAGCGUAUGAACGAGUUAGAAGCCAAACUGGAGAACAUGUUGGCCACAGUGGAUAAAGUCUUCAAAGUGGAGCUGAUGAAGGUUCCUCUUGCUUUGCAAAAAACACGGAUUGGGGAAUUAUUUAGCGAGGAGGACUUCUCAGCCAGUGACGUGUCAAUUGCCAUGAAGAAUGAGUCCCUAGAGAUUCACCAAACCCUCAGGAGGACCCACAGUAAAAUAGUACAAUCAACUGACUCUGGCUCACCAGUCCUGAAGCCCUCAGCCAAGACUUCCAAGGUAAGCAGUUUAUCAACUAAUAUUUGCCAAAAAGAGGGGGCUAACCGUUUUUAA